UUCACGAGGCCGGGUUGAGAAGGCCUGUUUUCCCGCGAAAAUGAUAUAUACUCGAACGAUUCGACCAAUUGUCUUUCUAUCCAAUGAAGAAAUUCACAGAAUCGAAAAUGCCACGGAAGUGUAUUGUCCAAAAACGCUUGGAUUAUUGCUAUAUUGUUUCAACAAAGAAAUCACGCCAUUUGUGUUGCGCAGUUAUGUCAAGAGGUUAUUUUGAGACAAAGCGAACCACAGGACCACGAGAGAGUCGGUAUUCCCAAAAACAAUUAAACAAGCAGUUUAUUUAAACAAUAGAGCUUCCCCACGAUCAACCAGCCUCGGGAGAGAGACAAUUGAAGAAGCAGUAUAGUGAUGAGGACUCAACGGAAUCCUCAUCAACAACAAAUAAACUCGGAGCAUCUCCAUUCUGCACUGACUGUCAACUCCUCAGGGGAGCCUGUCCUGAAAUUCUACUACUUGGACGCCAAUGAGAGUGACACACCUGGAAAAGUCUACCUCUUUGGUAAGAUCCUCCUUUCAUCAACGAACACGUACGUCUCAUGCUGCGUUGUCGUGACAAACAUCCCCAGGAGGAUUUUUAUCCUCCCAAGUAAAGCAGCACAAUCUUUGGAUUCAGCAUCCCAGGAGUUUGUCAAACUUGCUUAUAAAUACAAAAUAAUUAAUUACAUUCCGAAAGUCGUCAGGAAAAAAUAUGCAUUCGAUAUUGAAGAAGUCCCAGAGGAGACUGAUUACAUAGAAGUUAAAUAUCCAGCCUCGUGCCCCAUGCUUCCAAGAUCUCAUCUGGGAUCAGAUAUCGAGCACAUCUUUGGGACUUGUGCAAAUGCCCUAGAGAUUCUGCUCACUGAGAGGGGGAUGAAAGGUCCCUCCUGGCUGGAGAUCAAAUUCCCAGUGUUUGCUAAGCCCCAGGAUAAUGAAACUUGGUGUAAAUGUCAAGUGUCGUGCUCAGACAUGGAGACUAUCACGGUUGUAAAAGAAGAGAAUGGGGAAAAACAUGAGAUUCCACCGAUGGUUUCCACAACUCUAAACAUCAGGACGAGAGUCUCUGAAAAAAAGGUGGAAGUGAUCAUGAUCUACAUGUUGACUCAGAUGAAUGUUGAUAUUUCUGGUACAUCAGUUGAAUCACCAGUUACGAAGGAGUGCUGCUUCAUAGUUAAUGGUGUUGGAAGGCCUGAAAAUUGUUCUGUAAAAACAGUCACAUCUAUCAACGUCAUUGAGUGUCCUGAUAAAGAGGAUCUACUUAAAAAGUUUCUCGAGAAGAUUAAAUCCCUCGACCCAGACAUUCUCAUAGGCUACGAUUGUGAGACAUCCUUGAUAAACUUGAUGCAUGGGAUCAUGGCCCUCAAGCCAAUACCCAAUGACACUGGGAUCUGCAGACUUAAGAACGAUGUAAGAAAAAUAAUGUACAUCCAGAAUCGCACCCUCAGGAAAGUUUUGCAUCGUCCCCUAUGUGACGUCAGAGUAGUCAUCAAAGAGAUUAACCCCAAGCUAGAUCAGGAAGAUUUUGACAAAAUAUGUUCAAUAAUAUUGAAGACUGAGGUGGGAGCUCUUCAUUCGUUGCCUUCCUGGAAAAUCCAAGAAUUCCUUGAUUCACCAGCGGGCACGUUUGAAAUUAUCAAUAUCACCAGGAGGGAGACUGACUGUAUAAUUCAGCUAACUCGUCAGAUGAAUAUACUUCCCCUCGCUGUGGAGAUGACGACAAUUGCGGGUCACGUGCUAUCGAAAGCCCUGGUAUUUCCCAGGAAUGAGAGGAGUGAAUUCCUGCUGCGUCACGAAUUCCACGAGGCAGGCUACAUCAUUCCAGAUAUGCACAAGGUGAAGAAGACUUGUGACAUCAGGGGAGGUUUGGUGUUGGAGGCUGAUGUUGGACUGCACGAGAAUGUAGCCAUCCUAAUGGACUUCAGGUCACUCUAUCCCAGCAUCAUCCAGGAGUACAACCUCUGCUUCACGACAAUGCCAGGGGUUUGCUUUAAACCUUUAGAAGAUGUUAAAAUCAAUCCUGAAGCUCCAGUGGGAAUUCUUCCCAGAAUAGUCGGUAGAAUUAUUGAGAGUCGCAAGGAAGCCAAACGAUUGCUAAAAGACCCAGCCAACUCACCAGCAAUGAAGCUGAAAUAUCAAGCCAGACAACUGGCUCUAAAACUCACAAUCAACACUCUGUACGGAUGCCUGGGUUCACAUCUCUAUCAAUUUUACACUCCCAACAUUGCAUCGAUAAUCACUGCCAAGGGUCGGGAAGUCCUGACGAAUACCGUGAGCACUGUGGAGUCAAUAGGGUUCAAUGUCAUCUACGGUGAUACAGAUUCAGUGUUGAUCAACACCAAACAGAAGGAUCGAACUGUGGCCCUAGACAUUGCAACAUCUAUCAAGGAGACUAUCAAUGCACAGUACAAACAUAUCGAGCUGGAGCAUGAGAUGACUUACAAGUGUGUCCUCAUGGCGAACAAGAAGAUAUACACUGGACUUUACUUCGAUGAUCUCCCUGAUGGCUCCACUCAGCUCGUUCUGGAGGCAAAAGGUAAAGUCCUGAAGGAAAAGUAUUGUUGUCAGCUAGUUGAUACCACCGUCCACUAUGUCCUGAAUGAGAUAUUUAGCGAUGAACGCCACGACAAGAAAAUCAACAACAUCGAAGCCUAUCUCCAGAAGAUUGGUAAAAUGAGGGGGGAUAAACUGUUGGAGGCUGUCAUCCCUUCCCUAGUGAUCACCAAAAAGCUGCUACACGACCCAGAAGACAGUCCCAAUACUAGAGCUGCACAUGUGGAUCUGGCCAUUCGGUUGAAUAAAACAGCACCUGGUACAUGGAGAGAGGGACACUUUAUUUCCUACAUCAUCUGCGUAGAUGAGACAGAUAACCCUCCAGAAAAACGAGCUUAUCUCAAGGGGACGAACCUCAAACCUGAUCUGCUUUAUUAUUUCAUCCAAGAACUCAUACCACCACUCGUAUCCCUCUUCAAGCCAAUUCCAGAGUUGCACGCUGAAUUUUUUGCUGAUUUUCUGGGAGUAAGGAAGGAAUGGCAAAACUCAGGUGCCAACGGUGCGAAAUCUGGUCAGAGGAGGUUGAUUCCGAUUGAGGGAUUUUGUUUCAAAUGCAGAAAUUGUGGGAGCCGUAUUGGGAUGUAUGGAUUUAACAGGAAGCAAGGGAGAGGAUAUAUUCCAGUUUUGUCGUCGUGCAGUAAUCCUGAAUGCGAUGUUGCUCCUUGGGAGUAUGUUGAUAAAAUCAUACUAGAUUUGGAGGGCCACAUCGUUGAUUUCAUGGAGAAGCAUCCCCCCAAAAUCAUGUGCACAUUUAAUAAAUGUGAUUGGGUGACUGAGAAAACAAAAACGAUGCCUAAAACGUGCCCCAAGUGCAAGUUAAAUAGUGAGUUUCGAAGGGAUUUGCCUGUGGCCGCUUGCUAUGGACGCGUUAAUCUUCUCAGAACAUGGUUCGAUGUUGAUGCUCAGGCAGAAGUCGUCAGGAAGAGAUUAAGGCCGGAGAUUAUUGAGGCUUAUAGGAAGGUAUCGAGGUAUCUCAUCAACUUCAUGGAGGAAAGGUCUGUCAGUGUUGUUGAUAUAAACAAAUUGUUCGUUUGAAAAUGAGGGACAUUGGGUUUUUGAAAUAAAUAAUGUUCGUUUAUUCUUCUUUAA